CGCUUUUUUUCACGAGGAUCAAGGUGUCAAACACCAAGUAUACGGUUCUCGGAAUUUUCGACGCAUCCAGUUCUUCGUGCGUCUGUCGCGUACCGGACCUCGUCCAGCUGAAAUAUCUUCUUCCUUUUAUUAUGACUGUUAUUCCAACUGCCUGUGAAAUAAUACGGCAGAGAUGCCGGCAGUUUGCAGGUUAUGUCGCGCUCAGCAUCUCGAGCAUCUCGAGAGCACGUGCUGACGAAGAAAAGACAGUUUUUGGUCAGUUUUGCCAUGCUCGCUCGGUUAUGUGAAACCGGAGGUGUUUGACAGGUCGCGCCUGAUCGGUCACAAUAUUUUACGGCCACAAUUAAGCCAACGGCUGCGAUUAUUAGAAAAUGGAGAACUUCUGUCCACUGUGCUCAAGGAAGGGCGUUACGAGAAGAGUCAAGGCGUUUCAGAUCAACUUGGACGAGGCGACGUGGUUAUGCGAGUCGGAAGAAUGCCCCUGGCCGAUCGGUUACGCGGAACUGGUAUUCUUCAAGAGAAAUGCCUUGUCCUGCAACUGGGAGGAAGAGGAGAAACGACAACCGUGUCCCGACGGAGGGGAUGACAAAUCCCCACUGGCGCUGAUGGAACUCUCGCUCUACACGCCACCCGUAACUCCCGGAGACAAAUCGCUGCUGUCUGAACUCCUGUCGGAAUUUGAAAGCAUUGAUUUUGAAGAAGAAGAAGAAGAAGAAGUCAUUAAGAGUGAACGGGUCGAACAGACCGACAUUGUUGGAAUGCAGCCUGGGCUCACCAACAUCGAAAGUAUGAAUACUAAUCCUAGUGUCGUUCUUGAUAUUGAUGAAUUUUGGAAUACUAUGGAAAUAGAUGAACGCGGCGGUUGUCUCGCGAAUCCGACCGUAACGAACCAUACGUUUAAGAAUCUCGACGCGUUUGAUGACGCAAAUGCAGAGUUCGGUUUAAAUACGGAUUGUAAAACCGGCGACGAACGAUCAGACGUAGCAAGUGGCGCGAAGUUUCGCGCGAAUACAUUACUGGAAAAUACGGAAGUACUAGUCGACGGAGAUAUUACAAAUAACUUCAAUGCAACAAGCGAAUCCGCAGAGAAUGUGGCUGACGAUCUGUAUACAUUAGUAAAUACCCAUAUCAGAGAGUGUGUACCUAGCCAUGUAUCUGAAAACCUGGAUGAUGAUUGGUUAAAGUCGUUACUAACCUGACGAUAGUAACAAUGCAAUUUAUUGUUACUUAAUCCCUUAAUGCACGGUUGCUGUAUAAUGCCCGAGUUGAUUCAAGAUUACGGGUUGCAACUGACCUUUAUAAUUUGUGAUAAUAGGAUAACGUUUAAUUAUAUUAAAGCAUUUUUGUAAAAAAAAAGUACUCUUUUGAGAAACAGAA